GGCCCGUAUUCUGAAGUCAGGUUUAACUUUAAACCUAGGUUUAAAGUCUCGCCUAACUCUCAGAUUUAAACCUUGGCUUAAAUCUGCGUUUCUGAAGUCAGGUUUAACUUAAACCUGGGUUUAAGCCUGGUCUAACUCUGUAGAAAUUGUACACAUAUUUAAACCUGGGGUACACCUAGUUUAAGUCUGGCUUAAGUCAGGUCUAAAUAUUUCUUCGCAAUGGCGUAUUUGUUGGAUAUUCAGCGAAGAAGACACCACUACGACGCAUUAUUACAAAUAAUAAUGAGACCCGAGAGACCGCUUGUGGAAAGGAAAAACCCAUUUCACAUUUAUGGCGACGACGAAUUUCUGCACCGAUACCGGUUUACAAAACAAACGACGGUUUUCAUCACGGACGAACUCACUCCAGCACUUAAUUCAGCGACACACAUCAUCGCGUGCAGAUGCAUUGCCUGUGUAUUUGCAAGUUUUGACCGCCUUGCGAUUUUAUGCUGUCGGCACUUUCCAACUGAUGCAUGGGGAUGAGGCUACCCUUUCACAGGCAUCUCUCUCCAGGAUCAUCAGUGAUGUGUCAAUUCAAAUCGCCCAUUUACGUCCACAGUACAUCCAGUUUCCAACUACACCUCUCCAGAUUCAGCAAACUCAGCAACGUUUUUUUGACUAUUGUCAGUUUCCAGGGGUAGUAGGGGCCAUUGAUUGCACGCAUGUUCAUAUAAGGAGCCCAGGUGGUGACAAUGCACAGAGGUUUCUCAAUCGUAAAGGUCGCUUUUCUAUAAAUGUGCAGGCAGUAUGCACUCACGAAGGGCUGAUAAUAGAUGUGGUCGCAAGAUGGCCGGGAGGGUCCCAUGACUCACGGAUUUUUCGGGAAUCGCGGCUCAAGAGGAUUCUUCAAGAGGCUAGCCAUGAGGCCAAAUGGCUAUUGGGGGACAGCGGUUAUGCUUGCCAGCCAUAUGUCAUGACACCACUACUUCACCCGCGUGACAGGAGUCAGCAGAGAUACAACCGUGCGCAGAUUAGAGGCCGGAACAUCAUUGAACGUACAUUUGGGAUGAUGAAGAGGAGAUUCCCAUGUCUCAACCAGCUCAGGCUCAAACUGGAAACGACACUGACGACAAUUGUUGCCGUUGCUGUCCUCUGGAAUCUCUCCAUCAUGAGAAAUGAACCUCAAGUCAAUGGUCCUGAACCGCAGGAGAACCCCGGUGAUCUGUUACCUCCUGAUGGAGCUAACAACAUAGCUGGUCAGCUAAGAAGGCAGUGGCUAAUUGAGCAUCAUUUCACAUAAUAGAUCAAUUUUUUAAGGAAUGAUUCAUUAAAUUUUGGCUAAUUGUUAAUGAACCUCAAGUCAAUGGUCCUGAACCACAGGAGAACCCCGGUGAUCUGUUACCUCCUGAUGGAGCUAACAACAUGAAGGCAGUGGUUAAUUGAGCAUCAUUUCACAUAAUAGAUCAAUGUAGAAGGAAUGACGCUCAAUUAGCUACUGCCUUUUUUAAGUUGACAAGCUAUGUUGUUAGCUCCAUCAGGAGGUAACAGAUCACUGGGGUUCUCCUGUGGUUUAGGAACAUUGACAUUAUGUUCAUUAUUCAUUAGCAAUUAGCAAAAGUUUAAUGAAUCAUUAAUUCUACAUUGAUCUAUUAUGUGAAAUGACGCUGAUUCUUAAUUCUUCAAGGAGGUAACAGAUCGCCAAGUUUCUAUUGUGAACCUAUGUAGGAUUUAUAAAUUUGUUGUGUGCCUCCUAUCUGUGAAAUUGAAACGUAAGGAGUGUCGGAGUAUCCUAGCAUUCAACUUAAGAAAACAGUUUGCUUUCUAGACUUCAUUGUCAGACUACUGGGUGUCUGAUCAGCCUCUUUUUUUUAAAAUUUGGUAAUGAGUUGUAGAGGGUACAUGAGUAUUUGUACAUGUUAAUAACCUGCUUCUUGUAAUGGUCAAAUUUAAGCUGAUUCGAUCUUUGGUCAGCGUAUUUUCUAGGUGUAUUUUUUUACACUCGUCAAGAAAUUCUUAACGGACAAAAAUCCGACAAGUAAUUCCAGAUAUAGGCAACUACCAUUAUAUACAAUAUAAUCUACCAUUGACUGUUUUGAGCUGUUAUGCACUACUUUAUGUUCAGCUUUUUUAGCGUAGUGUGAAGGGACAAAGACAGCACUCAUUCCAUACACCAUUUAUGUAAAUCAAACAGUUGGUUCAAGGAGUUAAUGUAUCAAUGUGCACUCAUUUAUUAUUUUUAUAAUAAUCCAAGUGUACUUCACUGAAUUGGAUAGUGCAAAGAUGUUACAGAUACAUGUGGCACCAUAUACAUUAAGCAUUUAAAACUAUAACAAGCAAGUAAUACAAACACUUUGUAAAUUCCAGUCGUAUUGUAUGGAAAUGGCACAUUUGAAAUAGUUCAUAUUGUAGAAUAUACAGUCAGGCUCAGUUUAGAGAUGGUUUAACCUAGAGCUUUUAUUUAUGUUGACAAUUUACAUCUUACCAGUACUAGCUCGGUCAUUUUGAAAUAAGCUUGAUUUAUUUGAAUUUUUCUGCUUUUCUUCACCGAUGAGUACUUGGAAUAAUUUAGACAUAUAAACGGUAUGCAGAGUAUGCAGUACCUCUGUUGAAUACAUUUCAAAGAAUUAUUAUGCAUUUUUCUCAUGCAUUUUAACACCUGUAAGGAAUAAACAUGUAAAAAUGCACAGUUAAAUCAUAUAUAUCAUGAACAAAAGGUACAACUUAGAGCUCGAGUAACUCCAGUUUCUUGGAAUGGAAACGUUGCUCCAGCUCCAGGAUCUCCAUUCUCUUUUCGUGCUCACGGUUAAGGUGCUGAAUCUUCAGAUCAUGCUCUUUCUGAGCAAACUCAAGAAGUGAGGCAUCAAACGAAAGGGAUGGGUUCGGUGCAGGAGACGGUGUCCUGGUUCUUGGUCUCUUGGUCCUUGAACAUUUGAAAAGAUAAUGCAAAGUGUGUUGCAGAAUAUGAUUUAUAAUUCAAAUAAAUUAUUUUUUAUCCAUUUUGUCCAUUAAUUAUUAAUAAAUUAUAAUAUAUAUAAUUUUCUACUUGAAUCUUAUCUAGAGUUAUUUAUUUCCCCAUUUACUUGAAUCUUAUCUAGAGUUAUUUAUUUCCCCAUCUACUUGAAUCUUAUCUAGAGUUAUUUAUUUCCCUGUUUGAUCAAGAUAAUAUUCAUGAGGAUUUGUUUGAAAGAAAUAGACACAUUACAGUAA